UAUGUUUAUAGCGGGUUGCAGUGGAUAGCCUUUGACUUCAACAAUUACAGUCACAGUCCUUUAUUUAGAAAACGCAUUACAUUCUACGUCCUUUAGCCCUAACUUGGUUAAAAGUUUUAGUUAAGUAUGACAUGUGCCUUGCACAUUGAGGGUAGAUUAGUAAUUUUACCAAUAUAUUUAAAAUAUAUUUAUACAAAUACAUAUAAAUAACCCCACUCUUCAGUAUGUGAAAGCCCCAUCUCUCUUUCGUCCUUGUUCUCCACCUGCCACCUACCACCACCACUUGUCACCACCCCACACACAUUACCGUCGCCGCCACUAUACACCACCACCGUUACCGGCACCCCUAUCAAGUUUGCAAUAUGACCCAAUUACCCCCCCCCCCUCUCUCUCUCAUCAACAAUGCCCGGAUCGGUGAACGACCCCACCAAUUCAUCUUCUGGUCAAAAACAAAAACCCAGAUCCAGAAAACUUAUUUCCCCCUUACAGAUGCGAAUAAUGGUGGUGAAAAGAAGCAUCUUUUUCAUAGGCUGUGGAGUGAAGACAAUGAAAUUGACUUGAUUCAAGAUGUCGCAACAGAAGGAAGAUGCAGUUUUAAAUGAAUCCAUUGAUAGUGAAGAAAAAGAAAAAAAUCAAGAUCAAACUGUCGAGGAAACAGUUGUUUCAGAUGAUGACAUCAUUGACUAUUCGGUUAAACCCGAGUUCUAUGACCCAAAGCUUGACGAUAAAGACCAAUUGUGGGUUCAAAAGAAAAAGAAGGGUCAAUAUUCCGAUGCAGUGCUUAGCUGUCCCGCGUGUUUUACAACCCUAUGCCUCGAGUGCCAAAGGCAUGAAAAAUAUGUGACACAAUACCGAGCUGUUUUUGUGGUAAAUUGCAAGGUUAAAAAGGGGCAAGUGUCAGAUAAAGGAAGUUUGAAAAGGAAAAGAGUUAGAAAAGGUGCCGGUGGCGGUUCAGGUGGUGGUGAUGAGUCGUUUAGUCCUGUUUGUUGCUCGGUUUGUGAGACUGAGGUUGGGGUUAUUGAUGAUGAUGAGAUCUACCAUUUCUUUAAUGUUCUUCCUAGUGAGUGUUAGAUAUGUUUUGAUAGUCUUGUGAAUUUGUUUUUAUAUUUGGAUGUACAAAACAAGGCCUACAUGAUAUGUUUUUAAGCUUUCAUUAAACAAUAGCAAUCUCCUUCGUAA